UCGGGAGCCGGGGUCCGGAGGGUGGGGUGGAGGGGGUCUCGCCCGAACACCUCUCUUUCCCUCCCGAGGGAGUCGGACUUACCUGGAGAGGGGGCGCCCGUCUGGGGACCGGUGAUCUGGAGGGCGCGCCCCCGGCGAGCUCUGGAAGCUGGAGGUCAUAGUGGAGCGGAGGAUUGAGGAUGGAGGCUGGAGUUGCCCGAGGUGGCUCGGCGCGGGAGCUCGACGUCGGACCGACCGGGUGGAAGGCGAAAGGGAUUGCGGGGGGAGGGGGUGUGACAGAUCGGGACCUGGGGCAAAGCUCGAUUCCUCAACAGAGUCUGCGUUUGCGGCUCGGCCGACUCUCGAUGGAUUCCCCCCCCCCCUCAGAUGUUCGGAGGGCCGGGAACGCCUGGCGGACGGGACCCGCGGUUCUUCGUGGCCCUGCCCCUCGUGCUGGCUUUCAGGUCAAAAGAAAUUGGAUGGGUAUUCUGAAAUGACCACCCAGCUUUCCAGAAGGAAAAUAGUCAAGGUCUGAUUGUCACCUGAACCCCUACCCUGUGAGGCCUAACUUGGGCUCACCUGUUCCCUGGAGAGUUACUCCCUUGCUCUUCUGUGCUGGGAGGCCGUACCAGACACCUGGGCCAGGUUGUUGUCUUUGCUGUCCACUACCAGGCCGGGGGCAGGAUGAGGCCAGGGAACUAGUCACCGCCAGGUGCUCUCUCCUUUCCGACUCCUUACACGGCCUGGCUCAUCUGCAGAGUGGCUUUUGGCCAAGACCGGGCAGAGGAGAGCCAUGGACCCGUACAGCCCUGAGGACGAGGGUGCCCUUCCAUCAGAAAUGCACCUUCCUUCCUUCUCAGACAGCCAGGGGCUCAACUGCAACGACACUGUCAGCCAGGACCUGGGGCCCAGCACUCGAGACCUGCUCUAUGCUGGCCUCAGCGGUUUAGACCUGGACCCCAGUCUCCCAGCAUCAGACAUGCCCAGUGAGGUGCUGGAGGACAACUUGGAUACUUUGUCCCUGUACUCAGGGAAGGACGGUGACUCUGUGAAGCUGUUGGAGGAAUAUGCAGACUCCGAAUCUCAGACUUCCUUGCAAGACCUGGGGCUAGGCACCCUGAAGGUGCCCAAAGAGGCCGAUGAAGGCGGCAGGGCCACCUCAGGGAGCGCAAGGAAAGGCAAGCGGCAGCACAGCUCCCCCCAGAACCCACUCCUGGACUGCAGCCUUUGCGGGAAGGUGUUCAGCAGUGCCAGCUCCCUCAGCAAGCACUACCUGACGCACAGCCAGGAGAGGAAGCACGUCUGCAAAGUCUGCAGCAAAGCCUUCAAGCGGCAGGACCACCUGACUGGGCACAUGCUCACGCACCAGAAGACCAAGCCGUUCGUGUGCAUCGAGCAGGGCUGCAGCAAGAGCUACUGCGACUACCGCUCCCUGCGCCGCCACUACGAAGUGCAGCACGGCCUGUGCAUCCUGCGCGAGGCCCCUACCGAGGAGGAAGCCUUCGGGGACCCCCCGCACCCGGACCUGCCGCCCCCCGGCUCCCUGCGGCCCCCGGGACUCCCCGAAGCCCGAUCCCCCAGCUCGGUGCUGCCCAACCGCGACCUGCUGCGCUGCAUCGUGAGCAGCAUCGUGCACCAGAAGAUCCCGUCCCCCGGCCCGGCCCUGGCGGCGCCCACCGACGGCGACGGGCGCGGCACGGGGGCCUCCACCUGCGCCCCUGCCGCCACCCCGGUGGCCCCGGGAGCCCCAGGCGCAGAGGGGCCCGAGGAUCCCCAGCCCCCGCGGACCGAGGCGGCCGCAGAGGACACGCGCGCGGCCGCGCCGUCCAGGGUGGCGGCGGAGAACGGCGCCCCCGACGCCCCGGAGCUGGAGCUGCCACAGCAGCCCCAGUCCUCCCGGGAGAGCUGGGCCGAGGGCGGCGCCCUGCCCACCCGCCUGCCGCUCUUCCGAGGCGCCGCUGCGGGCGCCCCUACCCCUGGCCAUGGCUUCCCGUGGCUGCGGAGCCUGCCGGGCUGCUCCAAGGGCAAGGGCGGCGGCGUGCUGGUGCUGCACAAGGCGCCGGAGCCCCGCGAGCCCGGCCCCGCGGAGCCCCCGCCGGGCGCCGAAGACCCGCCCGCCCCGAAGGCGCCGGGCGGGGAGGCCUGCGAGGAGGACGGCUGGCCCUCCCGGAGGAGCAAGCCCGAGGGCAGCGAGCCCCUGGCCUGGCCGAGCCCCGGCGAGCAGGACGGGCCGGCGGCCGAGGCGGCCCCGCUCUUCCGCCAGCUGCUCCUCAAGUCGCAGGAGGCCCUGGCGGGCCACGAGCAGGUGCAGAUGCUGCAGGUGCUCUCCGCGUCCCAGCGCCUCUUCGCCCCGCGCCCCGCCGCCGACGCCCGCCAGGCCGCCCUCAAGUCGCUGCAGGGAGCCUGGCCGCAGCCGACCCCCGCCGCCGUGGACGCCCUGCAGGGGGGCCCCGGACACCCCGACCCCGAGGGGUCCCCAGCCCGCAGAAGGAAGACGGUGCCCGCCGUGUCCAGGGAGACCUCGCCUGGCGGCACCCGGCGAGACACCAAGGGCGGCCUCAAAGUGGCCUCGGCCCCGCCAUCGCUCCCAGCGCCCCUGGACGCGUCCCGGAACCCCGACAUCUCUUCUCUGGCCAAGCACUUGCGGUCUUCCAAAGGGACCCUGGACCUGGGGGACAUCUUCCCCGCCGCGGGCACGCGGCAGCCCCAGCUCGGGGGGGAGGAGCAGCCUGGAGCCCCGCUGCCCGGGAAGCAGGCCCAGGCCGAUGGCUGCCUGGCCGCCGGGGCCGCCAGGCCCGAGAAGGGCCCAGCCUGCCCCCGAGGGGCGAGCUAUCGGCUGUUCUCGGGGAACCCCAGGGCCCAGCGCUUCUCCGGCUUCCGGAAGGACAAGGUGAAGAUGGACGUGUGCUGUGCCGCCUCUCCCAGCCAGGUGGCCAUGGCCUCCUUCUCAUCCAGUGGGCCUUCCGCUGAUCCUGGCCGGGACGUAAAGUCCAAGCUGACCAUAUUCAACAGAAUCCAGGGAGGAAACAUCUACAGACUACCUCAUCCAAUGAAGGAGGAGAACAUGGCAGGUGGAUGCCACCAGCCCAAUGGGGGGCCCACUGAUUGGACAGAACCGAGGAGCACUUUUGUCUGCAAGAACUGCAGUCAAAUGUUCUACACCGAGAAGGGGCUGAGUAGCCACAUGUGCUUCCACAGUGACCAGUGGCCAUCGCCCCGGGGGAAGCAGGAGCAGCAGGUAUUUGGCACGGAGUUUAGCAAACCAUCAAGACAGGUGCUGAGGCCAGAUGGCGAUGGACAGAGUCCCCCAGGAGCCAGGAAGUCCUUGGACAGCAUGACCACGGCCCCUCUGGUGAUCCCUUUGUCAGUCCCUGUGACUCCAGCACCUCGCCGCCUGGGGGGCACAGCCAAGGGACAAGAGAAAGAUGGGGAAGAGAGAGACAGCAAGGACAGCCGGCAGCAGAGGAAGCGGAAGAAGCGCCCCCAGCCCCAGACGAUGCUCCUGCCUGCCCUCCCCUCUGCACUGGGGGAGCCAGCGCCAGGGGGGGGCUGCCACCAGAGCUGCCUUCCCUCUCCCGUGCUCCUGGUGGACCAUCUCCUGAAGGGCCUGUUCCAGUGUUCCCCGUACACCCCACCCCCCAUGCUCAGCCCCAUCCGGGAGGGCUCUGGGCUCUACUUCAACACGCUCUGCCCCAUACCCCAGGCUGGGCCCUACCAACUCUUCAGCUCUGUGCUUGAUCAGGUGGAUGGCUCUUUCGGGAUCUGUGUGGUGAAGGAUGACACUAAGAUCAGCAUUGAACCACACAUCAACAUAGGGAGCCGGUUUCAGGCUGAGAUCCCAGAGCUUCAGGAGAGAUCUCUGGCUGGAGUGGACAAGCAUGUGGCGGCUCUGGUUUGGAAGCCAUGGGGAGAUGUGAUGACCAAUCCCGAGACACAGGACAGAGUGACGGAGCUCUGUAAUGUGGCAUGCUCCAGCGUGAUGCCAGGAGGGGGCACCAACCUGGAGCUCGCCCUGCACUGCCUGCACGAAGCCCAGGGCAGCGUUGAGGUUGCCCUAGAGACUCUUCUACUUCGAGGACCCCAGAAGUCACGUGCCCACCCGCUGGCUGACUAUCACUACACAGGCUCAGACAUCUGGACUCCCAUGGAGAAGAGGCUCUUUAAGAAGGCAUUCUGUGCUCACAAGAAGGAUUUUCACCUGAUCCACAAGACGAUCCAGACAAAGACUGUAGCACAGUGUGUUGAGUAUUAUUACAUCUGGAAAAAAGUGAUCAAGUUUGACUGCGGCCGAGCUCCUGGACUAGAAAAGAGGGUCAGGAGAGAAUUGGAUGAGGUAGAAAGGACAGAAGAAAAGGUCACUUGCAGCCCUCGGGAACGAUCCAGCCACCGUCCAACUCCAGAGUUGAAGAUAAAGACCAAGACCUAUAAGAGGGAGUCCAUCCUCAGUCCCAGCCCAAGUACAGGACCAAAGCGGACCCCUGAGCCACCGGGGAGUGUGGAGGGCCAGGACGUCUUUCCAUGCAGAGAGUGUGAGAGGGUGUUCGACAAGAUCAAGAGUCGGAAUGCCCACAUGAAGCGGCAUCGCCUUCAGGAACACGUGGAGCCCGUUGUCAGAGUCAAGUGGCCUGUCAAACCCUUUCCAUUGAAGGAGGAAGAGGAAGAGGAGGAGGAGGAGCUGGCAGCUGACAUUGGCCCUCUGCAGUGGUGACUCCCUGCUGGCAGCUACUCUGGGGGGCUCCAGCCCUGUCCUGCCUCCCUGGGUCUUUUCAGGGUGUUCUCCCCCCCCCCCUUUGCCACCCCUACCUACCCUAUUCCUCUUAGCAAUUUUCGCUGGCACAUUUGGCUGUGCACAGGCAGAGAUGUCACUGGACAGCUCUGGAGUCCCUCUGCUGGGACCAGAAGCUAAUGCUCUGCAGGUUAAUAGUCACCUACUCCUUUCAAUCCCAUAUUGCCUAGAGCUGGGAGGCCUGGUGGGGUGGGGCAAAGGCUCUUCAAUCUUAGCUGCUGGUGUGGGUUUGGUCUGUUGGAUGAGGCUGAGGUGUGGAGAAUCAGUGGAUGAAAACUGAGAUCGCCAGCAGUUUGGCUCCUCCCCAUAGCAAGGGGCUCUGCAUUCUGGGUCCAUCCAUUGUCUCACAGGGACUUGUACAUUGUUAGGUGUGUUUUGUACGUGUCUACUUGUAAAUCAUAUUAAAUUGAGUUCUUGAGCAGCUGUCUUCUGACUCCCCAGCCUGUCAGCUCCACAGAGGCUUCCAAGCACACAGCCUCCACUAAAGCCCAGAAGUGAGCCCCUGUGCCUGCCCUGGAGUCACGAAGAGAGCCUGGCACUUGCCUUCAGGCAGUCGUUCAGUGUAAAAUGUGAAAGGCACCUGUUAGACACUGUUCCCAUCGUGGCAGCAGUGCUGCAGGAGAGCUGAAAGCAAGGCUUUUUCCUCACAUAGCUGCUGCUUACAUCUGGAAGUGAGGCCUUAGAACUUGAUUUUAGGUGAAGAAGCCUUUUUAGGGUUGGGAUGCGGCUCCAUGGUAGAGUGCAUAAAUGUAUGACCCAAGCCCCUCCAGAAAACAAAAGGAGCCUUUUAGAAUAGCUGUAGAUUUAUACAAAUUUUGCAAAGACUACCAAAAAUUCCUCUAUACAGUACACCUGCUUUCCCCUAUUAUUAACAUCAUCCAUUAGUAUGAUAUGUUUGUUACAAUUAGGGAACUGGAGU